AUGUUCGGACUCAAUAAAAUUGUUGGGGUCAUUGCUACAGCUUCCGCUGGGAUAUCGGAACUAUUGUUAUGUGAAAUAUUUAGGAGGCUUGAUUUGUGCCAAUUACGGAAAAUAAAUGAUUUGCUUAGAUUUCAAGACCCCAAAACAACUUUUAAAAUACGCCUUAAUACUUUAUCGUGUCGUUUAUGUACUUGUGUCUUCCUGGAAGGCGAGGAAAUCACGGUGUUAAAGAACGUUGAGCAAGCUAACGACGGUAGGGACGCUCUCGUGAAGGCGUUAUAUGGCCGCCUGUUUUCAUGGAUCGUCAAUCAAAUCAAUGACAUGCUGGCUCCUAGAGAAGGAUACAGGGGUGAAACCCGAUGCAACAUUGGGAUUCUGGAUAUCUUCGGAUUUGAAAAUUUCAAGCACAAUAGCUUCGAGCAGCUAUGCAUCAAUGUGACCAAUGAACAGUUGCAGUAUUACUUCAAUCAAAGCAUAUUUGCAUGGGAACAAUCAGAAUAUGCAAACGAGGGUAUUAAUAUGCAAGAGAUACAGUUCCAAAACAAUAUGAAAUUACUUGAACUUUUCAUGGCACGGCCCAUCGGCAUACUGUCACUACUCGACGAAGAAAGUAAAUUCCCACAGGCCACCGACGACACACUGGUACAGAAACUCAACGAGCGUUGUUCGAGAAACAGUUAUUACAUAGCUGCAUCCGGGGUUUACAGAGGGGCCAUCUUUGGAAUACGUCACUACGCGUCACAAGUUGUGUACAAUGCUGCGGGAUUUUUAGAGAAGAACAGAGAUACACUACACCAGAAUAUCGUCGAUGCAAUGUCCGACAGCGACAAUUCGUUCAUUAGAGAAAUAUUCAGCACAAAUUUCAAGGGAUCUUCUGCACAACAUAACGUCUCGAGCAAAGACCGGAAAGCGAUACUUUUGUGCGCCAAGCAACCAAAGCUACGACCCGGAGGUAAUGAAAAACAGAGAACUAUGAGUAGGAAGAAAACAGACCCCAAACAACCAAUGACCGUGGCGUCCUACUUCAAGGAAUCUUUGACUGAUCUGAUGGACAAGAUACUUUCAGCGGAACCCCAGUUCAUCCGUUGCAUUAAACCGAACCACACGAAGCAGCCUAAUCGAUUUGAUAGAGAAGUUGUGUUGAACCAGCUACGAUGUACUGGCGUCUUGGAAACGACAAGGAUACGGCGACUCGGAUAUGCAGUCAGGUUAUCAUUUGCCGAUUUCUUGCGAAGUUACAAGUUCCUUCAUUUCCCGUUGUCUGCUAAUAUAGCACCGAACGCCGUUAACUGCUACCAGUUAAUACAGUCUACUGGACUCACAGAAUGGCAAGUUGGAAAAUCAAAGGUAGAUUCUUGGCAGAUUUUGCCACGUAGCAACUAUAAUAUCAUGAUUCGUGGUGUAAAAUGUCGUUUUUAUCACUCUCAAAAUAAUAUUCGUGUAAUGGAAAUAAUGAAAUACUAG